GUCGUUGACAUUUACGAUCUAGCAGCCUCAACAGAAAAAUAUUUCGAAAAGAUUAUCGAACGGCAUGGAAAUGACUGUGUACGUGAGAUUAUGCCUAAAAGAAUGAUGUAUUACAGUCGCUUUCUCAUACAAGAGGAGACGGACUGCGGUUCUUACGUGGGAACUAUUUGGGGUUUUUCAUUGAGAAGGGUUAUCGGGAAGAGAGUCGAUAAGGCAGUGGGAAUGAGGAUCUGUUCGAGAGAGGGAAAGAUUCACAAAUGGGCUCAGGCAACGGAGUUUCGUCUAUUUGCUUCAGUAUAA